CAUCAAGUCUUCUUUAAAAUACUAUUUGAGCAUCAAGACUGGACUGUACUAUUUCGAAUUUCAAACAAGUCAACACAGUCACCAAUCGCACCAUCAACAUCGCCUCUCUCGAAUUGAACGUAAUCAUGGCAGAGGAGACAGCUUUGAAGACUUACCGUGGCAACUGCCACUGUGCUGCUUUCGUCUACGAGGUCGAACUCCCUGAGAUCAAGGGCUACACCGAGUGCAACUGCAGCAUCUGCCACAAGAAGGGCUACGCGUGGCUGGGGCCCAUGGAGGAGGGCCUCCUGCGCUUCGUCAAGGGCUCUAAGGACGAGCUGGCCGUCUACACCUUUGGCAGUGGCAGCUUGUCUCACAGGUUCUGUGCUCACUGCGGGACGGCAGUGCUGGGUGAUCAUGCCAAGAUGAAGCCGGGUCUGCUUCUAAAUGCUCGUACCAUCCAGGACCUGGAUAUCUGGUCCCUCAACGUCAGCACCUUCGACGGCAAGGCCCUGCCACCCCCGCGGGAGCCGCCCGUCUACAGCGGCCCAGAGCCGACCGCAACGGUGGAGAACGGGAAGAUCUAUCACGGCAGCUGCCACUGCGGAGCCGUGAAGGUAGCCCUGAAGCUAAAGCCGCUGGAGACGUACGACCUCUCCAAUGACGAUGAACAGAUUGUCGACUGCAAUUGCAGCAUCUGCACACGGGGUGCCUACAUCUGGAUCUACCCCCACAAAGACCAGAGCGUCGUGCAAGGCCGAGAGCACCUCUCGUAUCGCAUCUUCGGGUACGGCAUCGAGCGCAAGGCCUUCUGCAAGCACUGCGGGGUGCACAUCUGUAAUGAGCCGUCCGAGCUAACAGAUGAGGAAUAUGAACGCUUGGACGACUAUGGCAAGGAAGAACGUAGCCGGGUGAUCAACAACAGGAACUUCACCCUGAGAAUCUUGGAUGACUUUGACUGCAGCACUUUGAAAACCCAGAGGCUUGAUGGGUGGAACGACAUGCCAGGUGCUUACGUCAACCCUUGA